AACAAAUCAUUUCCCAAAUUCUCAUGUGAAUUUAUCGAGUACACAAAAUGUCGGAAAAUGUGAGUCUUCUCGACGGUUCGCCGCUUCCAUCACGUCCAUCAACAUCAUCAAUACCACGUCCGUCUCCGUCGAAAAAUAUUCAACUUUUGGUGGAUUUUGGAGCACCGAAGACGGAUGGAAAUGUACAAGAAACAAUGCUGGAGAUUAAAGGAAUGACGUGCAACUCCUGUGUCAAAAAUAUUCAAGACGUAAUUGGAGCGAAGCCAGGAAUUCAUAGUAUCCAAGUGAAUUUAAAAGAAGAAAAUGCAAAAUGUUCAUUUGAUACUACAAAAUGGACAGCUGAGAAAGUGGCUGAAGCUGUCGAUGAUAUGGGUUUUGAUUGCAAAGUUUUGAAAAAAGAACCUCCUACACAAAUGGCAGAAAAACCCAAAAUUCGUAGAGCAAUCGUCUCUAUUGAGGGAAUGACCUGCCAUGCUUGUGUGAACAAUAUUCAAGAUACUGUAGGCUCAAAAGAUGGAAUUGUGAAGAUUGUUGUUAGUUUGGAACAGAAACAAGGAACCGUCGACUAUAAUUCCGAGAAAUGGAACGGCGAAUCAGUUGCCGAGUCCAUUGAUGAUAUGGGAUUUGAUUGUAAAUUGAUUACUGAUCAAGAAAUCGCCGCAGUGGAACCCCAAAAAGCAUCUACCACAAAAUUAUCGAUAAGUCCCCUUAAAACAGUUGACUUAUCUGAUGGAAAAGUAGAGUUACAGCUGAAUGGAGUGAAAUAUUCGAAAGAGGGCUCAUCGGAUCAUCUCGAAAAAUGCACAUUCGCAGUGGAAGGAAUGACGUGUGCUUCGUGUGUACAGUACAUUGAACGAAAUAUUUCAAAAAUCGAAGGAGUUCACUCAAUUGUGGUUGCACUGAUUGCUGCGAAAGCUGAAGUCAUUUAUGAUGGUCGGGUAACAUCUUCCGACGCGAUUCGGGAACAUAUGACGGGAGAACUUGGAUAUAAGGCUACUCUUCUGGAUUCUAUGGGAGCUAAUCCGAAUUAUAGCAAGAUACGGUUGAUUAUCGGCAAUCUCUCCACAGAAAGCGACGCGAAUCGAAUAGAAUCCCAUGUACUUUCAAAAUCGGGAAUUGACUCGUGUAAUGUCUCAAUUGCUACAUCAAUGGCUCUUGUCGAGUUCUCUCCACAGGUUAUUGGUCCGAGGGAUAUUAUAAAUGUUGUCGAAUCACUUGGUUUCACCGCAGAUUUAGCUACUCGAGAUGAUCAAAUGAAGCGGUUGGAUCAUUCGGACGAUGUUAAAAAAUGGCGUAACACUUUCUUCAUCGCAUUAAUAUUCGGAGUCCCUGUAAUGAUAAUUAUGAUAAUCUUUCACUGGAUUCUCCGAACGCCAAUGCAUCCAGACAAACAAACACCAAUUUUCACUCCAGCUCUUUCACUUGACAACUUUCUGCUUUUAUGUCUUUGCACACCGGUUCAGAUUUUUGGCGGUCGAUAUUUCUACGUAGCCUCAUGGAAAGCAAUAAAACAUGGAAAUGCAAAUAUGGAUGUACUAAUAAUGCUGUCCACAACCAUUGCCUACACCUAUUCAAUCGUAGUUCUUCUCCUCGCAAUCAUUUUCAAAUGGCCGUCGUCUCCAAUGACAUUUUUCGAUGUUCCACCAAUGUUAAUUGUAUUUAUUGCACUUGGAAGAAUGCUGGAACAUAAAGCAAAGGGGAAAACAUCUGAAGCUUUAUCGAAACUUAUGUCAUUACAAGCAAAAGAAGCUACACUUGUCACAAUGGAUUCGGAAGGACGGUUAACGUCUGAAAAAGGAAUAAAUAUUGAAUUAGUGCAAAGAAAUGACCUGAUUAAAGUGGUUCCUGGCGCUAAAGUUCCAGUCGACGGAGUUGUAGUUGAUGGAAAAAGUUCGGUUGAUGAGAGUUUUAUAACUGGAGAAUCGAUGCCUGUCGUUAAGAAACCAGGAAGUACUGUAAUUGGUGGCUCGGUGAAUCAAAAAGGAGUUCUAAUUGUGAAGGCAACACACGUUGGCAAUGAUUCUACACUCUCACAAAUCGUCCGUCUCGUCGAAGAAGCUCAAACGAAUCGUGCUCCAAUUCAACAACUUGCCGAUAAAAUUGCCGGAUACUUUGUCCCGUUUGUCAUUGUAUUAUCGUUGUUCACGUUGGGAGUAUGGAUCUAUAUUGAGUACAAUUCGGCGAGAAAUGCUAAUUUGCCACCCGGUCUUCGAUUCGAAGAAGCCUUGAAAAUCGCAUUUGAAGCUGCGAUUACUGUACUUGCAAUUGCAUGUCCUUGUAGUCUGGGUCUCGCAACGCCCACCGCUGUUAUGGUUGGAACUGGAGUUGGAGCAGCAAAUGGUAUUUUGAUUAAAGGAGGCGAACCAUUGGAGAGUGUACAUAAAGUAACCACAAUUGUUUUCGACAAAACUGGCACAAUCACCGAAGGACGUCCACGAGUAGUUCAAAUUGCGUCGUUUGUAAAUCCAUCUACAAUGUCACUAAAACUUAUCACAUUCCUCUCCGGAGCCACUGAAGCUUUGUCGGAGCAUCCGAUUGGAAAUGCGGUAGCGGCUUUUGCGAAACAGCUUCUCAAUGAGCCAACUUGGCCGAACACUUCCCGAUUCCAUGUAUCUGCUGGACAUGGUGUUACCUGUAGAAUUGACUCAAUUCGGCAGUCGUUCUCGUCUUUGGCACUUUCUGGAUCUACUUGUGAAAUUCCAAGGCUUCCUGAUGGUCAAACUAUCACGAUUCCUGGAACCGAAGUCAAUUUACUUCAAGUUUCUAGUAAAGAAGUUAGCCAACCAAACCCGGACACUGCGAACAUUGUGAUUGGAACCGAAAGAAUGAUGGAAAGACACGGAAUUCCCGUAUCGGAAGUUGUGAAAAUGACACUUUCAGAAGAACAGAGAAAAGGACACAUUUCGGUUAUUUGUGCAAUUAACGCGGAAGUGGUUGCUGUAAUUUCAAUUGCUGAUCAAGUUAAAAAAGAAGCAUCACUUGCAAUCUAUACUCUACGUGAAAUGGGUCUUCGUGUCGUACUUCUCACAGGAGAUAACUCGAAAACUGCAGAAUCAACUGCGAAACAAGUCGGAAUUGAUGAAGUAUUCGCAGAAGUUCUUCCAAAUCAAAAGCAACAAAAGAUUAAGCAAUUGAAAGGAUACAAAAACAAAGUUGCAAUGGUUGGAGACGGUGUCAACGACUCGCCGGCUCUCGCAGAAGCCAAUGUUGGUAUCGCAAUUGCUGCAGGAAGUGACGUGGCAAUUGAGUCAGCUGGAAUCGUACUUGUUAGAAAUGAUCUUGUGGAUGUUGUUGGAGCAAUUAAGCUAUCGAAAAUGACGACGAGAAGGAUUCGAUUGAACUUUUUGUUUGCAAUCAUUUAUAAUGCGAUUGGAAUUCCGAUUGCUGCAGGUGUAUUCCGCCCAUUUGGCUUCAUGCUUCAACCAUGGAUGGCUGCAGCUGCAAUGGCUCUUUCCAGUGUCUCCGUGGUUUCUUCUUCACUUUUACUCAAAAACUUCCGAAAACCAACGAUUGCAAAUCUCUAUACGACGAGCUUCAAACGACAUCAGAAGUUCCUCGAAUCGGGCUCUUUCCAAGUUCAAGUGCAUCGAGGCCUAGACGAUUCGGCUGUUUUUCGAGGUGCUGCUUCUUCAAAAUUAUCAAUAUUAAGCUCAAAAGUUGGCUCACUGCUCGGCUCAACAACAAGUAUCGUGAGCUCUGGGAGCUCGAAAAAGCAACGACUUUUGGAUAAUGUUGGAUCAGAUUUAGAGGAUCUCAUUGUGUAGUUUUUUUGAUUUUUUAUCCAAUUUUUUGUACAUUUUGCGUGCUUCGUUUCGUCAUCUCACUCUCAUCACACACAUACCGACCAAAUUCCAUUUUUUACGCGGUUUUAUUGUUUUAAUUUGUGAUUUUUUGCCUUAUUUUCUUGUAUUUUCCAAAUUUUGAAUCGAAUUUAAUAAACAUUUUUUAAAAAUUU